AAACUUUUUUUUUCAAGAAUUUCACAUCCACAACACACACUCCUAAAAGAGUCUCAUCUCACAAAAGUCGAAAGCUUCCAUCUUUGCAAGUGUAAAUUCCGAUCGUCAAGAUAAGCAGACGACCCUAAUCCCCCUUCCUUUCAUCAUUUCAACAAUUUGGGACAGAAUGGCAUCCAAGCUAAAACAAUUGCAAUCAAAGGCGACUCUAGCUUCAGAGUUCUUGUCGAAACACGGAACCACUUAUUACAAGCAAUUGUUGGAGCAAAACAAACAAUAUAUUCAAGAACCAGCCACUGUUGAGAAGUGCAACGAGUUGUCCAAACAGCUGUUCUACACUCGUCUUGCCAGUCUUCCUACCCGUAACGAGGCAUUUUGGAAGGAACUCGAUCACGUGAAGGGACUAUGGAAAAACAAGAAAGAUCUGCACGUUGAACAAGUUGGGAUCGCAACUUUAUUUGGGCUCGAAUGCUUUGCAUGGUUUUGUGCUGGUGAAAUUGUUGGAAGGGGUUUCACAUUCACUGGUUACUAUGUUUGAAUUUGCAACCAUUUCGGUUCAUAAAAGCUUCCAUCCGAAGCGAAAAUUGUAAGGUUUUUUUUUCUCGAAAAAGAUCCCGUUAUGUUACGGUAAUGGAUUUAUACAAUGUUUCGACAUUAUUUUUGGAAAUUUUGAAGCUGAGGAAAACAGUUGAAAGUUGGAUCAAUAAUGUGCGGUUUUGGAACAAUGUAUCUGUAAUGACUUGUUAGUUUUGAAAACUCUUGUUUGUGCUUU